UCUGCCAACGCUCUCUUUAUAAGACUAUAUUGAUGUGCUGCAAACAUAACACACUAUCAAUUUGAUUCAUUGGUGUCCGCUUGUUUCUCAUUAUUUAAUAGUAUCAUGGGUGGAUUCCUUUCACACUUGAAACCUGAAAAAAAUACCGAAGUUUUCAAUGCUUCAUGUGGUCCGAUUCGUGGAAAUGUUUACGAACAUGGGGACAAAAUCGUGAAUGGAUAUCUCGGAAUUCCAUUUGCCAAGGCUCCAAUCGGAGACCUUCGAUUCAAAAAAUCAGUCGAAGCUGAGAAAUGGACGCAACCACUGGAUUGCUAUAAAUACGGACCGGGAUGUCCACAGUCAGCAGCCCUUGGAGCCUUGAUGGUUUCACAAGCUACUAAUCAUGAUUUCGCUGAAGAUAAUUGCUUGAACCUCAACGUGUUUGCACCAAAAUGGAAAUCUGCCGAAUUCCCAAACGGUUUUCCUGUAAUGGUUUACUUCUAUGGUGGAGGUUUCGAGGUUGGAUUCUCAUCGAUGUUUGAUGAUUAUUCUUUAACUGGAACUCUUCCACUUAAAGAUGUAAUUCUAGUCACUCCCAACUACCGAAUUGGACCUCUCGGAUUUUUCGCUACUGGAGAUGACGUGGCACGGGGAAACUGGGGACUAUGGGAUCAAGCUUUGGCUCUACAGUGGGUACAAAAGCAUAUUAAAUCAUUUGGAGGAGAUCCAAGCAAUGUGACUAUUUCUGGGACAAGUGCCGGUGGAGCAAGUGUUGAUUUUCUGUCCCUGAGUCCACAUGCUAAUAAAUAUUUCCAAAAGUUCAUUCCUAUGUCUGGUGCGGCGACAUGUCCAUUUGGUAUCCGUUCGAAAGAUGUUGAGGGAUUAAUUUUCCGAGAGUUUGCCAACCAUCAUGGCUACACCGGCAAUGAUUCGAAAAGCCUGCUGCAAUGGUAUCAAUCCCAGGACUCUGAGAUAUUCCUCAAAGCGGAAGGAUACAAGUGUCCAGCUUCUGGCAUGUUUUCCUUUGUUCCAAACUUCGACGGAGAUUUCUUCCCAAAACCAUUUGACGAGUUGAGAAAAGAGGCGCCGAAACUUGGUGCCAUCGUUUCAAUUGGUGAAUAUGAAGGACUUGGUUUUGAAGACUUCUAUGCUGGCCAGAAAACCCCUCAACAAAUGCUAUCAGCAGCUUUGGGUCCUGAAGUUGUAAGGAACAGGGAAGAGGUUGUCAAGAGAGCUGCAGAAUCUUAUUUGAAAAAUGGUGGAAACGAAAAUGAAGAAAACAUUGCCAAGACAUUAGUUGAGAUAUUUGGAGACUACUACUUCAGUGUGGGAGCAUUUGAUACUGUUCGAUCACUUGUCAAGUAUGGAAAUACUGUAUAUUUGUAUUCUUUCAAUUAUUUCAAUCCGAACACUCCAAUUGUGUUUGGCAAAAACAGGCCGUUCAAUGCAGCUAAUCAUGGUUCUGAUUUAAGAUAUAUUUUUGGAGAAGGGACUGGAGAGUUUUCGAAAGAAGAUAGGCAGGUUAUGGAUAUGAUGGGAACUUAUCAUACAAAUUUUGCAAAAUAUGGAAAUCCAAAUGGGAAAGGUGUAUCGGUUCCAUGGGAAAAGUACAGUCUUGACAAUCCGGGAAGAUAUUUCAAGAUUGAUUAUCCAAAAUGUGAAAUGGCUGACAAUUUCUUGGAUGGAAGGCACAAGAUUAUAGAUGAAGUUAAUGAACACGGAAUACAAUAUCAAGAAAUGGUUUUUGGAAAGAAAAUAUAAUAUUGAUAUUAUGUAAUUUUUCUUACAAUGAAUGUAGAUAAACUAUUUUAGAUGUAACAUUAUUUAUCAAAUAAUAUAAACCACGUUUAUAAA